UAAACAUAUUUGAACUGAAUAUGUGGCACAUAUGAUUGUAUAUAGUUUGUAGGUUCAGGGGAAAUUAACUUGUUACGUUUUUAUGUUCAUUUUUAUAACCAGAAUAAACAUGUUGUCUCCAUUUCUGAAAUACACUAUAUUCUGCGCCUUGUUCAUUGGUUCAAUUAAAAGCUGGGAUCCAGAUGCUGGCCUCAUCAAGUCAUAUACGAAGUUACAUAACGUAACAGUCCAAGCAUCGUCUGGUACCCAUCCUGAAAAUGUUAUUGACAGUAACGACAACACGAACUGGGUAUCAGCGCACUGUUUACCAUACGGGUAUCUGAAUAGAAAUGAUGUUAAUAUAAUUUUUGGCGCGUGCAAAACUGGCGCGUGCUUAUCAAGUGGGAAUUCUGGGAAUGGUCUCGGAAACGCGACAGACGGAAACCCUUAUACGGCAGCGCACGUGCAGAAAAACGGGUCAUCAGCGUUUCUUUCUGUGGAUUUAGUAAAUUCCCAAGUUUUGCAAAUAAUUUCAGUCGGCGGGGUGUUUCCAAGUGUCACAGGGUGAGAAAAAUGUGCAGCCUGACCGGGACUCGAACCCGGGACCCUCGGAAUACCGUACCGCGGCUCUACCGACUGAGCUAUCCGGCCGCUUACACAUCUUCUCUCCCUAUAUAGUGAACAGUUCUGAACCGUGACAUACUCCCCUGCUAUAUUGAAAUUCAUCCUCG